CUAAAGUAUCGGGCCCACUAUCCAUCACCAAAGCAAAUACACAUAUGAUAUCCCUUUAUUUGAGUCCACCCCACCACUCCUACAAGGAACCUCCCUUCUUUUUGGAUUUUUUUUCCUAUUGUCAUCUUCUUCAUCCAAUCCCUCUUUAUACCUCUACUCAAUUCUGCAGAUUAACUAAUUCACCUAUUUUUUGAAGAUAUCAUGGACAUUAGAGUUGGGCUUGUUCUUUUAUUUAUCGCUGGUAAUCUGGUGUGUGAUGCAAUAAAGGAUGUGUCUUUAGAGGUUUCAGGGACAGAAAAUUCUGGAGGUUUUAUUGAUGUCUGCACUCUGUGUGAAGAUUAUACCACAAUGGCUCUUCGUUACCUUAGCGAAAACAAGACCCAAAAUGAAAUUAUGGAUUCCCUUCACAAGGCCUGCUUUGAGCUACAUGGUUUGGCAGACCAGUGCACCAUGUUGGUGAAUUAUUACGCUCCUCUGUUCUUUCUAGAAGUUUCAUCCGUUCAACCGGAAGGAUUCUGUAAGAAAAUUGGACUAUGCAGAAAUGCUUUGAUGUUUUCUCGACCUGAGAAGACUACCCCUUGCGAUCUGUGCCAUAAAGCUAUGGAUGAAGCUCUUGAAAAGUUGAAAGAUCCCGACACUGAGCUUGAAGUCAUUCAGGUCCUACUGAAGGCAUGUGAUGCUGUGGGCAACUACGUGAGAAAGUGUAAAUCUUUGGUUUUCGAGUUUGGACCUAUCAUUCUCGUUGAUGCAACAAAGUUUAUCGAGAACAUUGACCUCUGCUCCACAUUCCACGCAUGUCGUAAGCAAAAUAUCGGAACACAAGAGUUGGUUGAUGGAAGAAUCAAAAUGGUUACUUCAUCAUAAAUAUCAUAUACUAGUAAACUAUUAUGUACUGUAUCUUUCUGAAUUAAGUGUUAUUAACUCAACUAAAACAAGAAUAUAACCUGGGUACACUCAUAUUCUUGUAUUAUACCACUCAUCAAUGUGCAAAUAUUCCUCAUUUGACAUUUACUAAUGUCAUGUUUGAAAACGAUAAUUUCAUUUGGAAAUUUGAAAUUAGAUUAAAUUUAUUAUUUGGCAAAUUAAAAA